GCCGCGGCUCCAUGGGGCUCCUGGGGCUUCUGAGCCUGCUACACUCGGCCUUCUUCGGGGACCAGGCACUCCAGGAGCUGAAGAUGACGAGCUCAGUGGCAUCUUAUGAGCAACUGGUGAGGCAGGUGGAGGCGCUGAAGGCAGAGAACAGCCACCUGAGGCAGGAGCUUCGAGACAACUCAAGCCACCUGUCCAAGCUGGAGACGGAGACCUCAGGCAUGAAGGAAGUGCUAAAGCAUCUACAGGGCAAGCUGGAGCAGGAGGCCCGCGUGCUGGUGUCCUCUGGGCAGACGGAGGUGCUGGAGCAGCUGAAAGCCCUCCAGAUGGAUAUCAGCAGUCUGUACAACCUCAAGUUUCAGCCACCCGCCCUUGGCCCGGAGCCUGUGGCCCGGACCCCGGAGGAAAGUCCAGUCCACGGCUCUGGACCCUCCAAGGACAGCUUCGGAGAGCUGAGUCGGGCCACCAUCCGGCUGCUGGAGGAAUUGGACCGAGAGAGGUGUUUUCUGUUGAGUGAAAUUGAGAAAGAAGAGAAAGAGAAGCUCUGGUAUUAUUCACAGUUGCAAGGCCUGUCCAAGCGCCUGGAUGAGCUGCCACACGUAGAGACGUUCUCCAUGCAGAUGGACUUGAUCCGGCAGCAGCUGGAGUUCGAGGCUCAGCACAUCCGCUCUCUGAUGGAGGAGCGCUUUGGUACCUCAGACGAGAUGGUGCAGCGUGCGCAGAUCCGAGCUUCACGCCUGGAGCAGAUUGACAAAGAGUUGCUGGAGGCGCAGGACCGGGUGCAGCAGACCGAGCCCCAGGCCCUGCUGGCAGUGAAGCCCGUGUCAGUGGAGGAGGACCCGGAGGCAGAGGUCCCCACGCACCCUGAGGAUGGAACCCCUCAGCCUGGCAAUAGCAAGGUGGAGGUGGUCUUCUGGCUGCUGUCCAUGUUGGCCACGCGUGACCAGGAGGACACUGCACGCACACUGCUGGCCAUGUCCAGCUCGCCUGAAAGCUGCGUGGCUAUGCGUCGAUCAGGCUGCCUGCCACUGCUGCUUCAGAUUCUCCACGGCACUGAGGCAGGGGCAGGGGGUCGCACAGGGACACCCGGGGCUCCGGGUGCCAAGGAUGCCCGCAUGCGCGCCAAUGCAGCCCUGCACAACAUCGUCUUCUCCCAGCCUGACCAGGGCUUGGCACGCAAGGAGAUGCGUGUCCUGCAUGUGCUGGAGCAGAUCCGGGCCUACUGUGAGACCUGCUGGGACUGGAUGCAGGCGCGGGACGCUGGGCCUGAGGGAGGCGGCGCUGGCUGUGUCCCUGUCCCCAUUGAGCCUCAGAUUUGCCAGGCCACCUGUGCCGUGAUGAAACUGUCCUUUGAUGAAGAAUACCGCCGUGCUAUGAAUGAGCUAGGUGGGCUGCAGGCUGUGGCGGAGCUACUUCAGGUAGACUAUGAGAUGCACAAGAUGACACGGGACCCACUUAACCUUGCCCUGCGCCGCUAUGCUGGCAUGACCCUCACCAACCUCACCUUCGGGGAUGUUGCCAACAAGGCCACACUGUGUGCUCGCCGGGGCUGCAUGGAGGCCAUCGUAGCCCAGCUGGCCUCUGAGAGUGAGGAGCUGCACCAGGUGGUUUCCAGCAUCCUCCGGAAUCUGUCAUGGAGGGCAGACAUGAACAGCAAGAAGGUGCUGAGAGAAGUCGGCAGCAUGACAGCCCUGAUGCAGUGUGUCCUGCGGGCCUCCAAGGAGUCCACCCUGAAGAGCGUGCUGAGUGCCUUGUGGAACCUGUCGGCCCACAGCACGGAGAACAAGGCGGCCAUCUGCCAGGUGGACGGUGCCCUGGGCUUCCUGGUGAGCACGCUGACCUACCGCUGCCAGGGCAACUCCCUGGCAGUCAUCGAGAGCGGAGGGGGCAUCCUGCGCAACGUGUCCAGUCUCAUCGCCACCCGCGAGGACUACAGGCAGGUACUCCGAGACCACAACUGCCUGCAGACGCUGCUGCAGCACCUGACCUCACACAGCCUGACCAUCGUGAGCAACGCCUGCGGCACCCUGUGGAACCUGUCAGCCCGCAGCCCCCGCGACCAGGAGCUGCUGUGGGACCUGGGUGCCGUGGGCAUGCUCCGCAACCUGGUACACUCCAAGCACAAGAUGAUCGCCAUGGGCAGCGCUGCUGCCCUGCGCAACCUGCUGGCGCACCGGCCCGCCAAGUACCAGGCGGCAGCCACCGCCGUCUCCCCAGGCACCUGCAUGCCCAGUCUCUACGUGAGGAAACAGCGAGCCCUGGAGGCCGAGCUGGACACCCGACAUUUGGCACAGGCCCUGGGCCACCUGGAAAAGCAGGGCCUCCCUGAGCCCGAGCCAGAGGCUGCCUCUAAAAAGCCGCUUCCGCCUCUGCGACACCUGGAAGGGCUGGCUCAGGACUACGCCUCUGACUCUGGUUGCUUCGACGAUGACGACGCACCAUCGCUGGCUGCCGCUGCUACCGCAGAGCCUGCCAGCCCCGCAGUGCUGUCUUUGUUCCUGGGUAGCAACUUCCUUCAGGGCCAGGCACUGGCCCGCACCCCUCCCACCCGUCUCAGUAGCCUGGAGGCCGAGAAGGAGGCCGGUGGGGAGGCAGCUGUGGCAGCCAAGGCCAAAGCCAAGCUGGCGCUGGCGGUGGCACGGAUUGACCGUUUGGUAGAGGACAUCUCUGCCUUGCACACCUCAUCGGAUGACAGCUUCAGCCUCAGCUCGGGGGACCCUGGACAAGAAGCCCCACGGGAAGGCCGAGCUCAGUCCUGUUCUCCGUGCCGGGGCCCUGAGGGUGGGCGGCGCGAGUCCAGUGGCCGAGCACACCCUCUGCUGAGGCUGAAGGCAGCCCACGCCAGCCUCUCCAACGACAGCCUCAACAGUGGCAGCACCAGCGAUGGGUACUGCCCGCGAGAGCACAUGCGACCCUGCCCGCUUGCCUCGCUGGCUGAACACCGUGAAGACCCGCUGCGCAGCCAGGCGCGACCCAGCCGGCUCGACCUCGACCUAUCUGGCAGCAAGAUGGAGCCGCCUGCCCAGGACACCAUGGCUGCCGCCGAUGCGCGUGUGCGCACCAUCAAGCUGUCACCCACCUACCAGCACGUGCCGCUGCUCGACGGCGGUGCUGCCACCGGGGGCGCACGGCAGCUUGCUGGCCUUGGGGCCACCCCAGGUGCCCGGAAACAGGCCUGGAUGCCCACAGACGGUCUAAACAAGGCACCCGAGAAGCUGCCUGUGGCCAGCAAGGUCCUUCAGAAGUUGGUGGCACAGGACGGGCUACUGUCCCUCUCCCGCUGUAGCUCUCUGUCCUCGCUGUCCUCCACCGGCCAACCGGGCCCGAGUGAAGGCGGCAACUUGGAUGACAGUGACUCCUCACUGGAGGGACUAGAGGAGGCUGGGCCCGGAGAGGGGGAGGUAUCUGGGGCAUGGAGAGGUCCUGGUUCAACCUCGCUGCCAGUAGCCAUUCCUGCACCCCGUCGGGGCUGCAGCCGGGGCCUAGGCAUGGAGGACGCCACACCAUCCAGCUCAUCAGAAAACUGUGUUCAAGAGACACCUCUGGUGCUGAGCCGCUGCAGCUCGGUAAGCUCACUGGGCAGUUUCGAGAGCCCGUCCAUUGCCAGCUCCAUCCCCAGUGACCCGUGCAGUGGGCUGGGCAGUGGCACGGUCAGCCCCAGUGAGCUGCCUGACAGUCCUGGGCAGACCAUGCCGCCCAGUCGCAGCAAGACGCCGCCAGCCCCCCCUGGCCAGCCUGAGAGCAGCCAGUUCAGCCUGCAGUGGGAGAGCUACGUGAAGCGUUUCCUGGACAUAGCCGACUGCCGUGAGCGCUGCCAGCCGCCGUCCGAGCUGGACGCUGGCAGCGUGCGCUUCACGGUGGAGAAGCCGGAUGAGAACUUCUCCUGCGCCUCUAGCCUCAGUGCGCUGGCCCUGCAUGAGCUGUACGUCCAACAGGAUGUGGAGCUGCGGCUGCAGCCACCCGCAUGCCCAGAGCGCACAGGGAGCGGGAGUGGGGGACCUCGCCGUCGGGAGGAGGCCGGGGGCCGCCUCAAAGGGCAUGUGACCACGGGCUCUCGUACCCGCAAGGCUGCAGACAAGGAACUGGAGCUGCUGCGUGAAUGUCUGGGGGCUGCUGUGCCUGCCCAACUCCGAAAGGUGGCCUCAGCGCUGGUACCUGGCCACCGGGCUCUGCCUGUACCCGUCUACAUGCUGGUACCUGCCCCAACCCAGGAGGACUCUGGCAGUGACUCAGCUGAGGGCACACCUGUCAACUUCUCCAGUGCUGCCUCGCUCAGUGAUGAGACACUGCAGGGACCCCCUAGGGACCAGCCCAAGGGGCUGGCGGAUAGGAAAAAACCCACAGGUCGCACGGCCCCUGCUAGGCAGGCCCCUGGGCACCGGCCUAAGGCAGGGGGUGCUGGCAAGAGCACCGAGCAGGCCCGGGGGACUGGGAGGAACCGGGCAGCGCUGGAGCUGCCCCUUAGCCGUCCUUCAAGUGCACGCUCAGAGAAGGAGGCCUCACGCCAGGGCAAGACCCGUGGGGACGGGGCGCUGCAGUCACUGUGUCUCACAACCCCCACCGAGGAGGCUGUGUACUGCUUCUACGACUCCGAUGAGGAGCCCCCAGUCACAGUGCCACCCCCACGGCGGGCAUCUGCCAUUCCCAGAGCCCUGAAGAGAGACCUGGCCACAGGCAGGAAGGAAGCCCAGGUUCCUCCCAAGGCCGCCCCUGCGGCGGUGGUGCCACUCCCACGGGCUCAGCCCAGGCUCAUUGUGGAUGAGACUCCACCUUGCUACUCCUUGACCUCCUCAGCCAGCUCCCUCAGCGAGCCCGAGCCAUGUGAACAGCCAGCAAGCCGUCCAGGAGGCCGGGAGCCCGCGGUCACCAAGGACCCAGGCCCAGGUGGUGGACAGGACAGUUCUCCUAGCCCACGGGCAGAAGAGGAGCUACUGCAGCGAUGCAUUGGUUCGGCCAUGCCUAGGCGGCGGCCCCAGACACUGGCACCCAGGCGUCGCAAGCCCCGAGUUGCCAGGCCAAACAUCCGGCCGGCAGAGAUGCCCCGGGAGUGCCGGGAGGAGGUGGCAGGCUUGGAUCCAGCCUCUGACCUGGACAGCGUUGAGUGGCAAGCCAUCCAGGAGGGAGCCAACUCUAUCGUCACAUGGUUACACCAGGCCGCGGCGGCAGCCACCGUGGAGGCCUCAUCCGAGUCGGACUCAAUCCUGUCCUUGGUGUCAGGGCUGUCAGCUGGCUCCACGCUGCAGCCCUCCAAGCACAGAAAGGGGCGACAACCGGGGGCUCGAAAGGAGGGAGGCAGUGCCCGACGGCCAGAGAAACGGGGCGCAGCCUCAGCCCAGAGUAGUGACAGUCCCUGCUCAUCAGGCGGUGCUGAGAAGCCACGUGGCACUCAGAAAACAGUGUCCAGAGAGCCUGCCGUGCUCCGGGGCCGGACAGUUAUCUACAUGCCCAGUUCAGGUUCCCGGACCCAGCCCAGAGGUGCCCCUGUGCCUCGCACCACAUUGAAAAAGAUGGGGGCUUCUGGUCCCACACAGCCAGAAGUUCCAGCCAAGGCUCCCAGUCCCGGGCAGCAGCGAUCUCGAAGUCUGCACCGGCCAGGCAAGAUCUCAGAGUUGGCAGCCCUGAGUCAUGCCCCCAGGAGUGCUACACCCCCUGCCCGCCUGGCCAAGACCCCAUCUUCCAGCUCCUCCCAGACCUCUCCCGCCUCCCAGCCCCUGCCCAGGAAGUCCCCUCUGGCCACCCCCACUGCAGGUUCCCUGCCCGGCCCGGGGGCCCCCCCAGUGCCCAAAACACCAGCUCGGGCUCUUCUGGCCAAGCAGCACAAGACACAGAAGUCACCUGUACGGAUCCCAUUCAUGCAAAGGCCUGCCAGGCGAGGACCUCCGCCCCUGGCCAGGUCAGCCCCAGAGCAGAGCCCCAGGGGCCGGGCUGGACCCGAGGGGAGCCCCGGGGCACGUGGGGGUCGCCUGGGCCUGGUGCGCAUGGCUUCGGCCCGCUCCAGUGGCAGCGAGUCCUCCGAUCGCUCUGGUUUUCGACGGCAACUGACCUUCAUCAAGGAGUCCCCAGGCCUGCUGCGCCGCCGCCGCUCCGAGCUGUCCUCCGUGGAGUCCGCGGCCUCGGCCUCCCCGAGUGCCUCGCCCCGCCGCGGCCGGCCCGCCCUCCCUGCCGUCUUCCUCUGCUCCUCCCGCUGCGACGAGCUCCGGGCAUCCCCAAGGCAGUCCCCGACUCCCCAGCGGUCCCCGGGAGUGGCGGCCACCAUGGAGGCCCGGCCCGGCCCACGCGCGCCCCGGCGCACCAGCUCCGAGAGCCCGUCCCGCCUGCCGGUGCGCACGGCCGCCGCGCCGCCGCCCGAGGCCGUCAAGCGCUACGCCUCGCUGCCGCACAUCAGCGUGGCCCGGCGGCCCGCGCCUGCGCCGGCGCCCGAUGCCCCGCGCCGCAGCAGCGACGGGGAGGCCCGGCCCCUGCCCAGGGUGUCCGCGCCCCCGCCGCCCGGCACCACGUGGCGGCGCAUCCGCGACGAGGACGUCCCGCACAUCCUGCGCAGCACGCUGCCCGCCUCCGCCCUGCCGCUGCGGGGCGCCUCCCCCGAGGAGCGCAGGACCAGCGACGCCGUGGUCCAGACCGAGGAGGUGGCGGCCCCCAAGACCCACGCCAGCACGUCCCCCAGCCUGGAGGCCCCGUCGCGCGUCCCCGCCGCGCUCCCGGGCGGCGACGCGGACGGCCCGGGCCCCGCCAAGGCGCCCGCCGCCGCCCCCUUCGUCCACGAGGGUGCCGGGGGCUUCCCCGCCAGCCGGCACGGCUCCCCCAGCCGCGCCGCCCGCGUCUCCCCCUUCAACUACGUGCCCAGCCCCAUGGCCGCGGCCGCACCUGCCCGCGACUCCGCCGGGGAGAAGGUCCCGGCCACCGCCGACCCCGUCGGCCUCCUGGAAUAG